AUGACGAACAUGUCAAAGAAAAAUGGUGCUGCCAAAUUGAUUAGAAAUGCAAAAGUGAUUAUAUGGGAUGAAGGCCCAAUGGCCAAGCGGCAAACAAUAGAAACAGUCGAUAGGAGAUUUAGAGACAUAAUGGACAUCGAUAAACCAUUUGGUGGAAAAGUCAUAGUUUUUGGAGGUUAUUUUUGUCAGAUGUUACCAGUAGUUCCAAAAUCAACUAGAGCAGAAAUUGUAAAUGCAAGCUUGGUGAAAUCAUAUCUCUCGCCUUUGAUGGAGAAUAUUCAAUUUACGAGAAAUAUGAGAGCAAAAACGGAUUCAACAUUCAUUGAGUUCUUACUUUUUGUGGAAAAAUUGAGCAUAUCUGCUCGCAACGGUGACCCAAUAGAUCACCCUCCUCUGAAAAUGAUGAUGCUAAGGGAUAACCUCAUAAGUUUUAGUAAAUUGAAGGGUGAGUCAGUUUAUGAGUUUUGGCAAACGUUUAAGCCUUUCUUGCAGCGGUGCCCGACUCAUGGAAUUCCAGAUAAGAUGCCUCUAGAAUGUCUCUACCCAGAGUCAGAAGAGGGGUUGCGUGAUGAAAGUCGAAGUGGGAAAGUUGUUGAAAAGUGCAGAUUGGCGAGCAAAGGGUCCAGUCGGUGCAAUGCCGAAGAGGUCGGCGACCCCGACCCAGACCUUCGUUUGACUCAAGACAAUUUUACAUUGGAGUCUGUAAAAGUCGGCGAGCCUAGGAAAUUAUUGUUGAAUCGCCGACCAGUUGUACAGACCUUUUUGGCGGAUACACCCUUGGCAGCUCCUAGUAGGUCUGGUACAGUUAUUUUUACUGAGGAAAGGAUCAAGUCGGAGGAAAAAGGGAGCAGUCGGUGCAUCCCGAGAAUUCCGCGAAGCAGUACCAUGUCGUCCAAUGACCCAGAGCACGAAGAUGCUGAAGCUAGGGCGAAUCACAGAGUUGAUCGACGACUAAUGACGCCGAAAGAUCCACUACAACACCAAUCUGAGAAAACUAUAAAUACUAGUCGACGUGGGAAAGUUGUUGAAAAGUGCAUAUUGGCGAUCAAAGUGUCCAGUCGGCGAAUAGCUGAAAAGUUCAGCGACCCCGACCCAGACUGCAGUUGGACUCAAGACAACUUCACAUUGGAGUCUAUAAAAGCCUUUUUGGCGGAUACACCUUUGGCAGCUCCUAGUAGGUCUGGUACUGUUGUUUCUUCUGAGGCGACUCCGGGUACAGAUACCCAGGACCAGAGCGAUGCACCAGGCACUGAUGCCAAUACAAAUAGAGCUACUGUGUAG